GACGCGAAGUUGCGCGCGCAAGCCGUGUGUUUACAAUCAAUGAGCGAACAGCUUACGGGGGCACGCACGGCCCGUGCAUCCGCCAACAAACUUUAAAAUUAAAAAACAAACGAACAUUCUAAACAUAAACAGCCAGUUAUAAUGACUAGAAACAAAAAAGUUUUGAGCAAAGGAGUUGUGUUGCGAACACUUUCUGAAGAAAGAAUCGAUCUUUGAUGAGAUUGUAGAUGUUUGUGCCUUAAUGGGAUUCUGUGUGUGCUUGUGAAAUAUUUUUAUAACUACGGUCUAUUUUGGAGCCAGUUUAGUGGGCGUUAUCUACGUUUACCGAUAUCAACGGACGCUGCAGCGGACGCUAACAAUUUUUUUUCUUUGGAAACAAAGGCUAAACAAAUGACAAUAGACUAUUACGGCCGAGGCGUGAAGGGAAGCCGUAUUGUAGUUUUUAUUUUUAGACAUAAAUCCUCUUGACCCGUGUAAAGUUAAAACAGCAAAGUACAAAAUGAUGUGGCCUUCCUCACAGGCUAGCAAGAUUCUGCUGGCGUUGCUUAUAUUCGUUAUCGUCUAUUGUGUCAUCAUGGACACUCUUCUCUUCAUGCGAAUGCGAAGAUUCAAACUGCACAUAUUUGACGUCAGUCCAGAUAAUACAACGUCUAACUUAUCAACUCUGAGCCCCAUUGAACCCGACUACGAAGAAGUGACGUGGAUACCAUGUACCAUCAACCCACUAUGCCACCCAACAGUUAAAGCUCUAAUGAUAGACUCUACCAACCAUUACAUCUACGGUCCUCUAUGUGCCAUCUUUGACAUCAGCACUGGUUUAUCGGAAAAUAUGCUUUUUAUAACACCGAAUAUGAUCUCGAUAUUUCACGUCUUCAUUGCUUUGAUUGCCGGUAAACUCUUCACCUUCCAAAGUUUAGCAGCCAGAAGAGUUGCAGUCGUGCUUUACCAAAUACGGACAAUAUUGGAUGAUUUAGAUGGCCAUGUUGCAAGGGAAAGAAAGCAUAUUAAAGGUGAAAGGUCAGAAGUCGGGACUUUAGGGUACUGGGUGGAUGGCUUCUGUGAUAUGAUCGGAGUCGUAGCGAUGAUUGUCGGAAUAACUUUUUACCUGAAGAACAACCCUCCAAGGAAAGGUUACAGAGGCGCUUCGGUCAGCACUCUUCCUUACCAUCAGCUGAAAGAGAUGAAUACUCUAGAGGAUAUGGACAAAGAUGGCUCCGAAGUGGGAAUUUCUUACAAGACGAAGGUUUCGUUCCCAAAGAUAGCACAGGUCGUCUGCUGGUUUUCUGGGCAACUGCUACUUUCCUCGCUAAUGUGGAAUAGAUACGUUGACGUGUAUCAAGAACUUCUGGAAAACUGUGUGAACUUUGACGUGAUGAAGCGUCAAGAAGUGUUUAGAUCGAGCAUCUUUUUCACGGCAACCAGUUUUUGGAGGCUACUGAACCCCCACAGUUAUCUACAUUUGCUGUGUCUGGCUGUGUUUUGUGAUAAAACGUGGAUUUUCUUCAAAAUGGUGCAUCAUUCUGGCUACGUCUGUUUGUUGUUUGCCGUGGCCAUAUCUGAGUAUUUUAUAGCUCAGUUCAGGUUGUUUGUGAGUUCCGGGGCCGAUUGUUGCUUAUGAGUUGUUGAAUUAGCUGGAAGUAAGACCGUUUUUGUGGUGUAAAAUAACGUUUCUUGCAGCAAGAAAUUGAGAAAGCUACUUUUUUGACCUUGUUUAGGUUUGCAACGAAAAUGUUGUCUAGCUACAGUUGAAUACUGGCUAAAGUAACAAUUCAAUCUUAAUUUGUACUUAAUUCGUUAAAAGUGAAGCCUAUAGCAUUUAUAAUGUUUCUGUAAGUUUUUUAUAUUACACUCACGGGCAAUGAAAAGGUUCCACUGGCAAAAGCGCCAAAUUACUACUCAACGGAAAAUGAUAGAUUAAUGACGCCUUCUGCUAAAUCAAAUUACAUUUAACAGAGCAUCAGGAUAUUACCAACUACUAACCGUGAUAUUUUGUUCAAAUUUUAAAAUAAAUGUUUGAAAAAAUUGGGGUCCUUUGGUGUCGGCAUUUUGUGAGUGGAACCUUUUCAUUGCCCGUUAGAUUAUAGUGUUUAGUUUUUAAAUAAAUCUGCCAAAUGUAAAGUGAAGGUGUCACUAUUUAAGUAUAAGAGGUUGUUGCUUGUGUGAUAUAAUAAGUCUGUUUCGAUUUUUAUUCAUAGUUAUUGUCGCUAGAUUUUGGUUACCUAUGUUAUAGUUUAUAGAUGUUAUUAUCUGAACUACUGUGCUAAAAUCAUUGAAGAUUAUAAUUAUCAAAAACUUAA